AUGCUGCCGUUAUUUCUGAAAAACAAAUUGAUACAAUGGCUGGAGGAUCACCGCGAGUUCGUGGUUUGCGUGUUUUGCUUACCGGCGAGUUUUCUCUUCACCUUAGCGUUACACAUUCGUAACGCUGUACGGAAACUGACCAGUAAUGGACAGAGUCAUGAUGAGGCAGUACGGCAAAUACAGAACAGGGUACAGCAAUGGAAUAAACUGGACAGUAAAAAGGGUUUGCUGUGUACAUCGCGACCGAAUUGGUUAUCGUUAUCGACGACAUUUUUCCAAAAACACCUCCACCACAGAGUGCCAAUCCCACUAUACGACAUCCUGGAGCUGGAUGAAGGGAACCUGACAGUGAGAGUGGAACCGAUGUGCACCAUUGGAGAUAUAACCGAGUAUUUAAUACCGAAAGGAUAUUCAUUGGCUGUUACUAUUGAGCUUAUAGAUGCUACUUUAGGAGGGCUGGCCUUUGGCACUGGAAUGUCAACUCACUCCCACAAAGUUGGCCUAUAUCACGAAACAAUCACAAGCUAUGAAGUAGUUCUUGGAGAUGGGUCUGUGGUCACCGCCACAGCUGACAAUGAGUAUUCAGAUCUGUAUAAAGCUCUGCCCUGGUCACACGGUAGUCUAGGGUUCCUGGUCGCGUUGACUCUCAAAAUAGUGAAAGUAAAGCCUUACAUCAAGAUUAAAUAUACCCCAGUUAGAGGACAGAAAGAAUACUGCGACAUAUUAAGGGACUAUUCUGGAGCCAACGAAAUGAAACCCAAUUAUCACCCGGAUUACAUCGAGGGCACCAUUUUCAGCAAAGAAGAAGCUGUUAUAAUGACCGGGGACUACGCAGACUUUAACGAGCAAGUAAUCGUUAACCAUUGUUCCAGAUGGUACAAGCCCUGGUUUUACAAGCACGUUGAGUCAAUUCUGAAGAAGGGAGAAACUGAGGAGUUGAUUCCCCUAAGAGAUUACUUGCUGCGGCACAAUAGACCGAUUUUUUGGGUUGUCGAAGACAUGAUAUCCUUCGGGAACCAUCCAGUAUUUAGAUUCUUCUUCGGUUGGUUACUUCCCCCAAAGCCAGCGUUCCUGAAGUUCACCACGACACCUGGGGUGCGCGCGUACACCUUCACGAAACAAGUCUUCCAAGAUAUAGUUCUGCCUAUACAGGAGUUAGAGCGGCAAAUCGAAAUCAGCAUAGAAUUGUUCGAUAAAUUUCCUUUACUUGUGUAUCCUUGUAAAGUUAUUGAUCACGGUCCGGUGUCUGGUCAGUUGCGCCGGCCACAGACGAAAUAUAUAGUCCCCGGUACUAACUACGCAGUGUAUAACGAUUUAGGAGUUUACGGUGUCCCGAGAAAAGUGAAGGACAAAUUGCCCUACAACCCAGUGGGGGCGAUGAGAAAAAUGGAAGAGUUCACGAGAGAUGUGGGGGGGUUCUCCUUUCUGUACGCUGAUAUUUUCAUGACGAGGGAGGAGUUUGAAGUAAUGUUCGAUUUGGCACUCUACAAAGUGGUAAGACAGAAGUAUAAAGCUGAAGGUGCGUUUCCAGACCUUGUACGACAAGGUAAGGCCAGAAAUCGACGUUUUUGCUAUUGGUGA